CGCACCAAUCAGUUAUAUAUAAUAUAAAACGUAUUCAGAGUAAGCUUUUUUUUUUUUUUUUUUUGCCGAACACAUUAUAAUAAUAAAAUAAAUUGAUUUAUAAAAAGGGUCCUUUCCCUUCUUUACAUUUCGUACGUUUCUCUAUUUCUUUUUUUCUCCUCCCACUAUAAACGGAAUUAACAGAAUGGACGGUGGUCAUGUCUCCGCCGCCGAAACCGAUGAUCUGAAAUCUCCGCUCUUACCGGUCGUCCAUAAUGACGAGCCAUUCGAAAAACAAUCGGUGGGGCAACAUCUCCGGACAAUAUUCACGCCGAAGAAUUGUUACAUCGCGCUUGGUCCUCUUCUUUGCGCCGUCGUGUGUCUAUGCGUACGCCUCGGCGAAGAUGAUACGACGUCAGCGAGGAACAUGUUGGGCGUUCUGGUUUGGAUGUUUGCGUGGUGGCUGACGGAGGCUGUUCCGAUGCCGAUCACCUCCAUGUCGCCGCUUUUCCUAUUCCCUCUCUUCGGAAUCUCGGCGGCGGAUGACGUGGCAAGUUCUUACAUGGAUGACGUAAUCUCCCUCGUCCUCGGCAGCUUCAUCCUCGCUCUCGCCGUCGAACACUACAACAUCCAUCGCCGACUCGCCCUUAACAUAACGUUGGUGUUCUGCGUGGAGCCGCUAAACGCACCGCUGCUUCUGCUUGGCAUCUGCGCCACGACGGCGUUCGUGAGCAUGUGGAUGCACAACGUGGCAGCUGCAGUCAUGAUGAUGCCAGUCGCUACAGGGAUACUUCAGCGACUCCCAUCGUCUUCUUCUUCUUCGUCGGAAGUGGUACCUCCGGCGGUUGGGAAGUUUUGCCGAGCGGUGGUCCUCGGUGUGAUAUACUCCGCGGCAGUAGGUGGAAUGAGCACACUGACAGGAACAGGUGUGAAUCUGAUACUUGUCGGAAUGUGGAAAAGCUAUUUCCCGGAGGCUGAUCCAAUCAGUUUCAGCCAAUGGUUCUUCUUCGGUUUCCCAUUGGCUUUGUGCAUAUUCGUAGUGCUUUGGGGUAUUCUUUGUGUACUUUAUUGUCCUAAAGGAUCAGGGAAAGCUCUCUCUCCCUAUCUCCAUAAAUCUCAUCUUCGUAGAGAGCUUGAGACGUUAGGACCAAUGAGUUUCGCUGAGAAGAUGGUCUUAUCUGUGUUUGGUGGGUUAGUUGUGUUGUGGAUGACAAGAAACAUAACCGAUGAUAUUCCCGGCUGGGGUCUGAUCUUCAACGGUCGGGCCGGGGAUGGAACGGUGAGUGUGAUGAUGGCUACAUUGCUGUUUAUAAUCCCCAACAACAUAAAAAAGGGAGAGAAGCUAAUGGAUUGGGGCAAAUGCAAGAAACUCCCAUGGAACAUAGUCUUGUUAUUAGGAGCUGGAUUCGCUAUAGCGGAUGGGGUACGCACCAGUGGCUUAGCUGAAGUCUUGUCCAAAGGAUUGGUCUUUCUUGAAACAGCUCCUUAUUGGGCCAUCGCUCCAACAGUUUGUCUCAUCGCUGCAACCAUCACUGAGUUCACGUCAAACAACGCAACCACUACGUUGUUGGUUCCUUUGCUCAUAGAGAUUGCAAAGACAAUGAAAAUCCAUCCUCUGCUCCUGAUGGUACCAGGUGCCAUCGGGUCUCAGUUCGCUUUCUUGCUUCCCACGGGAACACCAUCUAACGUCGUAGGGUUCACAACAGGGCAUAUCGAGAUCAAAGACAUGAUCAAGACAGGCUUGCCUCUCAAGAUCGCCGGAACCGCCUUUCUCUCUGUCUUGAUGCCCACUCUCGGGGCUUACGUUUUUGCAUCAAAGGGAGGAGUUUAGUUCGAUGGGAUGAAGCACAAGACCAUCGACACUAUCGAUUCAUUGUAUUAUAUUUUUACAACGGGCUGAAGCACAAGACCAGUGACAUAUAUUGUAGAUAUGUACUGUUAGUCACAGGUGGAACGGGAAAUGUAGAUGUGGUGAAACUUUACAAACCGGCCCAUUUUUGUAUCCCGCCCUAUUAUAGUUUCCGGUACGAUUGCUUUCUUUUGUGCUUUCAACGUACCGGUAAGUUUGGUCUUUUUUUGUUUCCUGUGUAUGUAUGUAUAUAAGAAAAUCUGUAUCGAGAACAAAUAUUUAGAUACAAAAUAUGUGUGUAUUCUUCGGCAAUUGGGAGGGAUCAGUGUACUAGUGUCAAUCCAGCGGUCCUACUUGGCCAUACAAUAUCUCAAUCUCUUUCAAGAUUCCAACACGUCAUUGUCCACUGUGUCUUCCUUCUGUUUUCGGGUUUUUACGAACACAAAAAAAAAAAAAAAACGUUCAUGCCUUUGUUAUCAAUAAUGUCUUAUUGUCUUGCUUUUAUUACAUUUUUGUCCGUUACUCAUUUAUGUUUUUUCUUUGUCCUUUGCUAUAGCUGUGUAUUCAUUAUGACGGCCAUAUACAUAGUUGUGUCUUGGUUUUAUUAACAAAUAAUGUUAUUUGUCAGUCGUAAACUCGUUAUGAAUGGUGG